UGGGUGUGUGCGGGAGAGGAGGGGUUAAAGAUUGGGAGGGUAUAGAUUGCAGACGGAGCAGUAGUGGAGUAGGCUGGAUUGUGAUAGCGACAGAUGUCUGGAAAACUGUGAGGGGGCACUCCUCGGUUACAGCACAGUCCCACACUGCACCUCGGAGAGCAGGGGCGGAAUCUGCAGCUGUCACUCCUAGGUUUACCUUCAUUAUCCCAUCCAGUCGGAGCCUGGAAAAGAAGCCUAAGUGAUCACUUUCUAGAAAUACAGGAGACACCAUGGGAGGCAAACUGAGCAAGAAGAGGAAGGGAUAUGAUGUGAGCGAUCCCAAAGAGACCAAGGAUGAGACCACAGCGAUGGCUGCUGUUGCAGAUGGGUCUGCUAAAGUGGAAGCCGGAUCCCCACCCACAGAAGCUGCUGUGACAGCUGAGGCAGGCAAUGUGGUAAAGGAAGCUGUUGGGUCAGCUGUGGCAGCAGUAACUGAAGCAGUAGUAAAAGCUCCAGAAGAGCCCAAAUCUCCACCUCCAGAAGAACCAGAUCCUGCUGCUCCAGACGAGGCAGCUCCAGUAGAGGAACCAGCUGUAGCAGCAGUAAAGGCAGCUCCAGUAGCACAAGCACCAGUUGCAGCAGUAGAUAAACCAGCUCCAGUAGAGGAACCAGCUCCAGUAGUGGAACCAGCUUCAGUAGAGGAACCAGCUGCAGUAGAGGAACCAGCUCCAGUAGAGGUACCAGCUGCAGUAGAGGAACCAGCUCCAAUAGAGGAACCAGCUCCAGUAGAAGAACCAGCUCCAGUAGAGGAACCAGUGACAGCAGUAGAAGAAGAACCAGCUGCAGCAGUAGAAGAAAAACCAGCUCCUGUUGCUCUAGAACCAGCAGCAGACGUACAAGAACCAGCUGCAGCUGUAGAAGAACCAGCUCCAACAGCAGUGGAGUCAGACCCAGUAGUAGAGCUUCCAGAGGCUAAAGCAGCCGCAGAGGAACCUUCUGCUCUGGCAUCAGAAGAACCUGUGCUAAGUGAGGUUAAAUAUGCAGCUGCACCUGAAGAGCCCCCUGUAGAAGAACCUUCUGUAGCUGUAGAAUCUGUGCCGGAGGUUGUUUCCAUCAGCGCAAAGGAAGCACCCAAGGACCAAGUGCCAGAGCCCAUCCCAGAGACUGUUACUGAGCCAGAAGCCACUGUAGAGGAGACAGUGGUUCCUGCUGCUGUCCCUGGACCUGAGCCAUUGGCUGAGCCAGCUGCAGAGCCAGUGCUGGAGCAAGCCCCAGAACCAGAACAAGCCCCAGAGCCAGAGAAAGAACCAGAGCCAGAGUCUGUGGAAGCACCCCAGCAACAACCUGAACCAGACCAAGCACCAGAGACGGAGCUUGAGCUAAAACCAGAGCAACUACAAGAGCGAGAGCCUAAGCAAAUGGCCGAUGCAGUGGAAUCUGCAGAAGAUGAACAAGUAGAAGAAGUUGAGCCUGAACCAACUGUAGCCACACCUGACAUUACUGAACUUGAAACUGUGAAAGCAGAAGCACCUGAGUUGUUGGAAACUGCAGCAGAGGAUGGCCCCACUGAACAUCAGCCUGUAGAAGAGGAAUCUGUUGCAACAAAAGCCUACAGUACUGAGGCAACAGUUGAAGCACCAGAACCUGUCCCAGAGAUUGUCAUCUCAGAGUCCGUCUCUGCCAGUGAAAUUACUGAAGAGGCAGCUGAAGCUUCUGUGGAAGAGGUGCCUUGCCGAGAGCCUGAGGUAGAAAGCAAAAUGGAAAAUGGAGAUACAGAGAGCCCUUCCGGUACAGAGGAUGUGGCAGAAGUAGAUGUACUUCCAACUGUAAAUGGAGAUUGCACAAAUACUGCUGCCAUACAGACAGAGGAAUGUGUUAAUGGUAAUGAAAAACCAGAGGAGACGCCAAUCAAGGAGCAGAGUGACUUUGAACUAAAAAAGGAGCUGAACCUGAGCGAGGAUGUCCAGGAAGUUCCCGAUGGGGUCCCCGAAAUGGCAGAUGGUCUCAGCGCUGAGGUCACCCAAGCAGUCUGAAAAGGAAGCCAUCUUUACAAAUCAAUGUGAAUUCAGAUUAAUCCUCUGAGGGUGCGAGAAAGCUAUCAAGGUAUCACAAACACAGCUAGGCUUUCUGGAAUGCUGUAACACCGCAAUGUCUUUAGUGGUAACUCAGGCAAAAGGAUGUUUUCCUUUGAGUAACCAAAAAUGAAAUGCAACUACUUGGAAAGAGAGAGAGAGAGAGAGAGAGAGAGAGAGACAGGCAGAUAGACAGAAAGCGAGAAAGAUAGAGAGAGAUCAAAGUGCAGAGAGAAGACUUAAGUUUGGAAUUGAAAGGUGAGUGCAGACAGAGAGUGAAACUGGACAGCAGAGCAAAAAUACUAAAUGUAAAUGAAUGUAAAUGAAUGGAAUGAAUAAAUCUGUGUGUGAGCCCGAUAAUUAUGACAAAGUGGUGGAACACCACUCAUUAUUACAGUAGUAUAUUAUCUGAUUUGGAAUGUCAUAUAUCCUUUCUAUUCCUAUGGACAUGGCAUAACUGUUUUGGCCUUUUAUAAUAAUGGUACCUGUGAGGACUGUUCAUUUUAAAUUGAUUGUUUGAAUUAGAGAAUAAAACGAGAUUGUUAUAGCCUA